AUGAAUCCCUUCACACGGGCAACUGCAGCCUGGCACUUGGUUGGCCUUGCGUCCGAGUUCCCAAGCAUCGAUGAUGACAACAGGAUUGUACCAAGAUGCAAGGCUUUCAAUAUUCCCAAGACAAAUGGCGCCAUAAAGCCCGUCGAAGAUAUUGACCUACCAGGAGAACUGAAGGACCAAGUCCUUGUAUUCAAAUACAAGGGCAAAUACCAUGCCAUUGAUCAUCAAUGCCCCCACUCGUCUUUCCCACUUUCUCGGGGCAACCUCUUUGAUAUUGAAGACUUUGGUAUCGUUCUCAGCGCGGGUCUCACAUGCCCCAAGCAUGGCUGGUCAUUUGAUAUAUUCUCUGGACGCGCUGAUCGCGGCAAUUACACACUCAAGGUGUGGGAGGUGCAGCUGCGCGACUCAUCGGCACCUGAGAGUAUGGACCAAGAGGUUUGGGUGAGGCGGAAACAAAGAAUUGGUUAA